GUGCCUCUCCUUCUUAGUGGGAAUCCCCGAUCACAACAACAACGUGCUGCCGACGAACAUCACAAUAUUUGGGCUCUUUUUUGGAUCACCUCCGGCUUGACUCACACCCGCGACUCGUGCCCCCUCGGACGGCGGCAGGGGGAAGCUCAAGGCACCCACGUGUUCCCGAUUCUUCUCCCCUCCGGUGAAGCGGACACCGGAGAGCCGCCGGUUACCACGCAUUCCUGCAGCUCGGCUUCUCCGUCAUUUCCUCUCUGCGGCUGAAGACGGGAGCUAAAUGAUGGAUGAGCAAGGUUUGGACGGGAUGCAGAUCCUUCCCGGGAGCCAGGACUCCUUCAGUGAGCUGUGGGCUUCUGUACAAACUCCCUCCAUUGCCACCAUCGCGGAGGAAUUUGAUGAUCAUCUGGGCAAUUUGCUGCAAAAUGGGUUUGAUAUGAAUCUGUUCGAGCUGCCCCCAGAGAUGGUGGCUAAAGACAGUGUUACUCCCCCAUCCUCCACCGUCCCAGUCGUGACCGACUAUCCUGGGGAAUACGGCUUCCAGCUUCGCUUCCAGAAGUCCGGCACAGCCAAAUCUGUCACCUCCACUUUUUCGGAGCUUCUCAAAAAGCUGUAUUGCCAGCUGGCUAAAACCAGCCCCGUGGAGGUGUUGCUGAGCAAGGAGCCUCCUCAGGGGGCUGUGCUCAGAGCCACAGCGGUCUACAAGAAGACUGAGCAUGUGGCCGACGUGGUCCGUAGGUGUCCCCAUCACCAGACUGAGGACACUGCAGAGCAUCGCAGCCAUCUGAUCAGACUGGAGGGCAGCCAGAGGGCUCUGUAUUUCGAAGAUCCCCACACAAAGAGGCAGAGUGUGACCGUCCCUUACGAACCCCCCCAGCUGGGCUCAGAGACCACGGCCAUCCUGCUGAGCUUCAUGUGCAACAGCUCAUGCAUGGGGGGGAUGAACCGCAGACAGAUCCUCACCAUCCUGACCCUCGAGACACCAGACGGACUGGUGCUGGGCCGGAGAUGCUUCGAGGUGCGUGUCUGUGCAUGUCCAGGAAGGGACCGCAAAACCGACGAGGAGAGCAGCACCAAGACACCAAACGGCCCCAAGCAGACCAAGAAGCGUAAACAAGCUCCGAGUAACUCUGCUCCACACACGACCACUGUGAUGAAAUCCAAGUCCUCUUCCAGCGCAGAGGAAGAAGACAAGGAGGUCUUUACUGUUCUGGUUAAAGGAAGAGAGCGUUACGAAAUCAUAAAAAAAAUCAAUGAAGCUUUUGAGGGGGCGGCAGAGAAAGAAAAAGCCAAGAACAAAGUUUCUGUAAAGCAGGAGCUCCCUGUGCCCUCCAGCGGGAAGCGACUGGUGCAGAGGGGAGAGCGGAGCGACAGCGACUGAGCAGCUCGAUCCCUCGAUCAUGACGACAAACGUCAUCUCUUAAUCCUUCACAGCCUUCAGGUUUAAAUCAGGUCAUUCACUCAUCAUCGGAAACCCUAAAAUCACCGCCUGCCUCCCUAUGCCAGAAAACUUGAGCUGAUAACUGUACUGCCUGACCACUUACUGUACUGUAAAGCACUGUACAGUGUUAAUUACACAAACUAAUGAAUAAAUGGAAUGCAUUAUGAAGAGAAGAGAGGUUCACUGUAAGCAGACCCUGACUCCAUCUCACGGCUCUCACUCUACGAUAGGGCUCUGGAUUUAAUCAGUGUUACAUUUUGGGUGGGAUUUUAAUUCUAGUUUUAUCGACUCUCUUUUUAAAAUGUGUCAUUCCUGUUGGCAUUAAUUAUGCAUUCCUUUUUUAUUUUUUGUCUGAUUUUAAUUGGUUAAAAACCCAAAGAGAUUUCUUUUUGUUUUUUUUCUUUGUUUGGUCAACUGUUUUGUCAAAGUAUUAAUUAUGAUCAAGUGCGUUUUCAAACCCGAAAGUCCGAACCAAGGUUAAGGUUCUUUUGUGACAUUGUUUACAUUCGAUGUUUGGUUCUCAAAUUGAAAUUCAGGGAGCGCACAAGACGUUUGCAUUACCGUCAUGUGUCCUGAGCCGUGUUCUCUUAUCCGUCACAUUGAUUUGGUUUUUGGAGAAGGUCGGCAUGAACAAGAGUCUUUCCGUUUGAAUGGAUGAAAUGAAUGUACCGUUUCACUUAGUUACUUUUGUUGCCACUUUAAUAUUACAAUGCUAUUGCAAGCAGCCAAAUGAACAUCAAGCAAACCGCUUCUGCUUCAUUUUCUUUCUCUGUAGUUUUCUGUUCAACUUCCUGCAAUUUUUUUUUCUGCAAGUCCGAACUAUCCAAAGAAAGUUAAUCUGGUCUAAAUUUCCCCGGAGGCCACUUUCACACGUGUUGAAUUGGUUCAACCUGUUUUUUAUUUUUAUAUACAGACCUGAACCAAACCUCAAGCUUAAUGCACAGCUAUGCCUGGAAAUUAACAAACAUUGAUAGAAUCGAUUCUUAUUCCGUUUUUAUUGUUAAAGAUCAGCUUGUUUUCAGAGACGACACCAUGAUUUCUGUUCAAAUGAACACUGUUAGUUGGAUGAGGGGCUGGCUGGAUCAUCCCCGAAAACCUAAUCACAUCUUUUAUGUUUGGUAACAAUCCCACUCUGAUACAAAAUAACUUCAGGAUGUUCGUUAAAUGUUUUCUUCCAUCCACAAGUUCGAUCAGCACUUGAGUUCAACCAAUCACUGUCCAUGAAUAAAACCACUCUUUCACACUGCCAUUACAUGUCCAUGAGGCAUUGCCCUUUUUUUUAUUGUGUUUCUUUCUUUUAUAGAUUAUUUUGGGAACUUAGUUAUGUAUAAGAGGUUUUAUCUUUCUACUGUUUACUUUUCAUGUUUUUGUACCGUUUUCCAUUUUGUUAGUCGAAGCUUUAAUCUGAAAUAAACGCUUAACGUCA